AUCCGCCUUGGAAGCGGAAGUAAAGCAACGUACACAACACUGGUGGAGAUCACACGUGGGUAGGCAAGUGUAUCAGAGUAAUGUUGUGUAGUCAACUUGAUUAGAAACAUGUCGAAGAGACAGGCAGCUAUGUCGGAAACAAAUACCGUUUCUGAAGUGGAUCUUGGUGAGGAGGAGAUCCAGGAUCCUCCGCCGGAGACCAGGCGGACCCGCAGCGGCCGCAAAGUGCGAACUCCUGCCGCACUACUGGACUCCCUAGCCCCGGUGAGGACUCCAACACGGAGGACCAGGAGAUCUGUCCUGCAAGAGCUGCCGGCUGAGGAGGAGAACAACAAGGAAGAUUCAGCGCCGAUACUCGAGAGUGUGGCCGAGGACAAGCUCACUAUGUCUACCGAACAGGAGCCGGGUACCGUGCCAGCAGAGCCACAUAACGAGGCUGCAGCUGAUACAACUGAAGCCGGUGUUACUAGUGGAGACAGCUCUCUGUCAAGGCCUGCACCGACAGAAACGGCACCCAGGAGCUCAGAAACCGUCCCAGAGAAGAAGCCUCGUUUGGGUUCAAGUGGAAAACUAACCCCGGUCAUACCGCUUGGAAAACCCGCAUCUGGGAGGGUGUGGAAGGACCGCAACAAGCAGAGGUUCUCCGCACUGUUAAGAGAUAAACCGCUGUGCUCUUCCUGGGAAAAGAAGAUGGAGGCCAAGCGGGAGAAAGAGCAGGUGAAACGGUACAGUUUGCAGCUUAAAGAGGAGAAACUCAAACAGAAAGAGGAUAAGAGAAAGCGGAGAGAAGACAACUUGAAACGUCGGGCAGAGAAUGAACGCAAAUCAGAGAUUGUUCAAGUGAUCAAGAACACAGCAAAGAUCAAGAGGAUGAAGAAGAAGCAGCUCAGGAGAAUUGAGAAGAGAGACACUCUGACUCUGCUGCAGAAGUCACAGAAGCAGAGUGUAAAAGCCAAAGGGCGAAAAAGUCAGAAAGUUGCCCAAGAUUCAACCAAAGACUGAGAUAAUAAAUAUAUAUCUUUUCAAUACUUCGCCUACAUGUUUUACAUCUGGGAGGACGUACUUUCACAUGGACCCAAUGAAAGCUUUCUAAACAGAGAUGUUAUACUCAAAAAGUCAAAAAUAGCAAAAAAUAAGGAUGCACAAUUUGUAUGUGCUGCGGUUCACAUGGGCGCUAAGGAGAUCAACAGUUAGGAGUCACCUUGUAUCGCUGUUUGUAUUGUUUCCUUUUAUUGAUGUGCCCACUUCUGUUUCCAAUAAAACAUUUAAUCAUUA